AGGGUCUUACAGGGUCUUACAGGUGUAUACUAAGAGGUUUGAUGCCCUUGUGGCGCGCCGCGUUCGGUAGAUUCUAUGAUCCAGGAUGAAACACCUUAUGCCAGUCGCGGUCCGCCAUUAAUAGCCCCUCUACUUGCCUCAUAAUUCAAGCCUCCCACGGUUCUCUCCCUACAUACUCGUGCUGAGCCACUCAAGCUUGAGCAGCAUGCCCCUCCUGCCGAGAGUUAAGAAAGAACUCCAAGACGCCAUCCUGACUUCCGACAUACCCAACACUAAAGAUUUGAUCGAUUUCGUCAACAACUUCGCCUCUGAUGCAGACAUCGAUGCGAUAAAGGGGCUCCUCAAUGCCGCGAAGAGCGUGAGCGCGCUGAAGACCUUCCGAAUGAUGAGACGAGAGGCGCAGACGAAGAGACAUUGCGUACGCUGCCACGGCUCUUACGGAGGAGAGCAAUACCGACAAGAGCUGCCUCAUUCCACACGUCUUCGAGUCCGACUGUUACUUCACAGGCGGGGCGUCAGACGGGGAGAAGAUAUAUGGGUACAUGGGACUGUGUUGCAUGGACCUAGAGCUCCAUGAGGGAGGGGCAGGCAAUGCGAACUAUCUAAACGUGAAAGAGAUGGGAUCGUGCUUUGUUGGGACGCACACCACAAACAUCGAGGAAGCCGAAGACGAGUACAACAAUGUGAACAUCGUUCC